AAACUGGCAGAUCUGGAUCGUGUGUAGUGGGGAAAGGGCAGUUCGCAGUUCACAGUUGGUAGUGUGUCAAAGUGUACAAAAGACUCAGUUCACUUUAGUUCUUCAGUUUGAGUUGAGCCUUUCUUUGCUGAGUUUGUUGUGUGUCUGGUGUCUGUCUGUCUGGCCCGGCGGCGUGUCUUCGGCUACAAAACAGAUCGGCUUCGUGGAGAUGACAACUACUAGUUUGAAGCCAGAAGAGACGAAACAGCUGAACCCGAAGGAUGGCAGCAAGCAGCAGGCAGAGCUGCUGUCUCCAUCGAGCCAGGAGGAGCCGGCCUCUCAGAUCGCCGCCAGCUACUUCGACAUCAGCUUCCAGCCCAACGAACAGGUUACCUUGAACAGCGUGCUGCCCCAGGAAAAAUUGGAGAAUAACCAGAGGUAUCCAGGAGGUUAUCCAAGUGAUCCGAAGCCUGGUAUUUUCGCAUGUGUGUCAGCGGCUUCAUUCCAUUUCCCAGUCGGCGUUGUUGUCGCCUUCUCCGCUAUUCUCAUUCCACAACUCGAACAUGAGAGAAGUGAUAUCAAAGUUACCAAAGAGGAAACGGCAUGGAUUGCCAGUCUUGUGGUGCUAGUCGUGCCCGUGGGCGCUCUGAUUACCGGUUAUUUGGUGGAUAAAAUAGGUCGUUUGAAUACAAUAAGGCUGUGCGCUGUGCCUUACAUAGUCGGAUGGGUGCUCAUAGCCAGUGCAUCCACUCUCAAGAUGAUUCUCAUUGGACGAUUUCUCACCGGAUUUACCCUCGCUAUGGGUCCAAGUCCGGCGGUGGUGUACAUAACGGAAGUAGCUCGUCCUGAUCUCCGCGGUGCUCUCAUCUGUACUGGUCCAUUCAUGACAUCUGUAGGCAUGGUUGUGAUAUAUUCGCUGGGCGCAGUCAUGGAUUGGCGUUCUGUCGCUUGGAUCUCUAUAAUUUUCUGUUUGGGACCGAUCAUUUUCAUGUACAUCUUCUCACCAGAGAGUCCCGCUUGGCUUCUCUCAAAAGGACAUGCCGAUAAGGCUCUCAAAUCCCUCGUCUAUCUAGCUCGCAAUGAUAAACAGGGAGGCUUGCCGGAACGUCAACUGGCUGAAAUGAGAAAAGAAAACGAUCAGAACCAGUCGAAAAAUAAUAAUGUGUUCGCACGGCUCGGGAGGGCGGUUUGUAGUCCCAACUGCUACAAGCCAUUCAUCAUUCUCAUCUGCUUAUUCACAUUUCAACAAUUUUCCGGAAUUUACAUUACUAUUUUCUAUGCUGUCACGUUCUUUCAGGAUGUUGGCGGAGACUUCAAUCCAUACAUGUCGACCGUUUUCAUCGGCGUGGUGCGAGGGUUGGUAGGCCUGCUCACCUCCUACCUGUUGCGCAAGUUUGGUCGGCGACCUCUCUUCAUCUUCAGCAGUUUCGGAAUGGCUGUCUCCAUGGCCAUCUCUGGCUAUUACACCCGACUCAUUGCCCUUGGAGAAUCAGAGAGCAGCCUGAUACCGAUCACAUGCAUCCUGCUGUACAUGAGUUUCGGUGUGACCGGUCUGAUGACAAUUCCCUGGACGAUGACCGCAGAGCUGUAUCCGCUGGAGUACCGGGGCCUUGCCCAGGGCAUGACCAUCUCAGUGGCGCACGUCAUCAUGUUCACUGCCGUCCAGAUCUACCGUCCCAUGUCCGAGGCGCUGGGAGGCGCUUUUGCCGUCCAGUGGCUCUUCGGCGGUGUCUCUCUCCUCUCCAUCGUCUUCGUCUUGCUCUUCCUACCUGAGACUCACAAGAAAAUGUUGUCCGAAAUCCAGGACUACUUCACGCACAACACCGUCUACCUGCUCAGAGACAAGAAUGUGCCAACAAAUACAAACUCCACCGCUACCAACAAUAACGCUAUAGUCUAAAUAUAAGAUACCUGUCUUAAUUAAGUUUAUACUUGUACCGGUGUUAUGGAGUACAGUAGUAUCUACUUAUCACACCAGACCCUAGUAUCAUAGGCCCAUGUAGGUUCAACUUGUCUUAGAAACCAACUAAUUAUAGGUUUUAAAACACUUAUGAAGAGUGAAAAUGCACUCACUUUUAGUAGUGAUGAUCGUUAUAUUUCGACCUAAUAGUGUAGGUCAUCAUGAGACUUCAUAAGUGUUUUAAAAUUCAAGCUUGAAAUUAAUAGUGAAUAAUUAUGGAUAUGCAACAAAGUAAUUUUAUUUUAUAUAAUGUUAUGUUCAUUCUAGUUGCCAACUAGUUUAUUCUAAAAUAAAAACUACAUAGACCAACUGAUUUUAUUAUAUCCACCUUUAAUACAAGGCCAUGGCGUACGAUAUUGCAACGUCGCAGUGUAGACCUAGAAUUUAAUACAUGAUUGGUGAAAAAUAUCAGCUAGUAUUUUUUUUUUUUAAAUCUUAUUUCACCAAUCAUGUAUUAGGCCUACACUGCGACGUUGCGAUAUCGAAGGCCAGGUCCUUGUAUUAGAGGUGGCUAUGAUUUUAUGUCAUAUUAUAUUGGUUUCUAGGACAUGUUCAUUCUAUGGUCGUAGUUUAUUCUAUAGUUGUGUAUAAACAUGUCAUAGAAAUCAACUAAUUAGUCAUAUUAUGUUGUAUUUAUUCUAGUUACCAACUAGUUCAUUCUAUAAUAAACAAUAAGACAUAGAAAAUAAUUAAAUUUUGUUUUUAGGACAUGUUUAUUCUGUAGUUGUGAAUAAACAUGUCAAAAAAACCAACGAAUUUUAACUCAGAUUAAGUUGUUUUGUAUAACGUGUUUAUGCUACUGAUGGGCCCUGAAGUUAUAAGUAGAUACUGGAUGAAGUGAUUCCAGAUGUGUAUUCUUUUAAUGUAAUCCGAAUAAUGGAUCUCGUCACAUUGUAGCGAUGCAUUUUGUACCUGCGUUAUCGUUCGAAUGCAGCUGGCAUUAACUUCCACCAGUGAAACUUACUAGAAAAUACGUUUAUUGACCAAAAUAUGAAUGUAUUCUACGAUUUGAUGGUUGUAUCUGUUUUCCUUUUCAUAGGGUGCAAACAUAGUGGAGAGGCAAACGUAGCUCCAAGCUUUAGAUUUUUGCAUUCAAUACUUGUGAUUACAAUUAUAUUACACUUUUUACAGUAACUAUGUAAUAAGAUGGUGGUAUAUAGUGGAGUACUAUGUGCACCAACAUUUAAAUACAUUCAUUACAUUCAAUUCUCAAGCUUGAAACUACCUUCGCUGCUCCAGUAUAAUUUCCACCCUUACCAAACAGGGCUUUACUUUUGAACGUUCCAAUUGGUGCACAGUCAACCGCCAAAUCCUCGAACAUUUUAAAAUCAUGACAAGUUUUAUUUGAAUGAGACGGAAACUGUAACUUCUUCCACUUCUGGAGAACGAAAGAUGGUAUUGUAAUUUAUGGUUGAGCUGAAGUUGUACUGGAUAUGAGUCAUAUUUAGGCUACAUGAGUAAUUGCAAGACAGCAUUUAGACAGACAUGUCUGUGAUAAAUUGAAGAACAGGGUUUUUUCAAUUGUGAUUUGAAUAGAGCUUGUGACCAGAAUUCGUAUGAGAAACAAACUGACAUAAAUAGCAACCACCUCCAAUUUUCUAACAUGUUCAAUGUUGAAUAAUUAUUCCAACUUCUUAUCUCUAAGUUUCUUGACUUUCACUCAUUUCACUAAAUGAUAUUAGACUUCACUAAUAAUAAGAGAAGAGUGUUCUAAAACGUCAUUAUAUUUACUUAAACAGAAGUAAAAUAGAUACAACCUCAAUAAAGCUGCAAGUGCUUUGAAUUACUGUUGUGCCUUUUAAUAAAAUAAGAUAAGUUAGUUUAUGAUAGAAGGAUUUUGCGAAAAAGGCAGUUUGAUCCAGAAGCUGUAACUUAAUUUUCGAUAGAACAAACAUUAUAAAUAGUAAUAAAUUUAUUGAAGACUUCUUUAGGCUGUCGAAUCGGGACAGUCUAAAACACUAGGUUAAGUAGGAAUUUGAAUAAAAUAUAAUUUAACAACUAUUAGAAAUGAAUUUUAAUGAUUUAUUAGGUUAUUGAUAUUAUAAGAUCGACAUUUAAUAAUUCAGAUAUGUUUUCUAAGAA